AUGGAUCCAGACCCAUCAAGCCCCUACAGCAAGGAACUGGAGAUAGCCUGUCUCGCCGUGCAACGAGCAGCGCUCCUCAUCAAGACCAUCAUCGCGGCCGUGGACAAAGGCGCAAUGGACAAGAGCGACAACACCCCCGUGACAAUCGCCGAUUUCGCGGCCCAGGCGCUCAUCAUCAGCGCCAUCCACCAUGCCUUCCCUGCCGACAGCUUCGUGGGCGAAGAGUCGGCCGCUACGCUCCGCCAGGAUCCCCAGCUGCUGGAACGCGUCUGGGAGCUGGUCUCGUCGACGCGGCUAGACGGCGACGACGACGCCGCCGACAGUGAGGCGCUACUGACCUCCCCACCGACGAGGGAGGCCAUGCUCGACAUCAUCGACCUCGGCGGCAAAGGGGACGGCCGGUCUUCUUCGUCGGGACGAAUGUGGGUGCUCGACCCGGUCGAUGGAACGGCGACGUUUAUGCGCGGACAGCAGUACGCCGUGUGCCUUGCUCUGAUCGAAGAUGGGAAGCAGAAACUGGGCGUGCUGGGCUGUCCCAAUCUCCGGAUAGAUUCUACGACAGGCCAAGUAGUCCGCGAAGACGUCGUGGACAGGGAGGGAUACGGGCUGAUGCUCUCUGCUGUCGCGGGACAGGGAGCAUUCCUCCGACCGCUGGGCCGCGGCGGACUGGCACCCGCACAACGGAUCCCAGCACGACUGCGCGACGUGGACAUGGAUCUCCGCGACCUGCGCUUCGUCGACUGCAGGGCCGCCAAAUCGACAGACUUUGACAAGCACGGGGCUCUGGCAGCGCAGUUCGGCGCCCCCUGGCCGCCGGACACAGACCUAUGGUCGUCGCAGAUGCGCUAUGUCGCCAUCGCCGUGGGCGGAUGCAACGCGCUGAUAAAGAUCCCGCGCAGGAAGAGCUACCGAUCCAGCCUGUGGGACCACGCGGGCGGGAUGCUGAUCGCGGAGGAGGUAGGGUGCACGAUCACGGAUCUGGACGGGAAUCCGAUUGAUUGCGGGUUGGGGAGGACGUUGGCGGGGGCUUAUGGGAUGGUCGUUGCGCCUGAGAAGGUGCAUUCGCGGGUGCUGAGCGCUGCGCGGGCGUUGAUUAAUGAAGAGGGGGGUUUCCACCAAUGUACUCCAUAUACCCACGAAAACAAUAAGACCUAUAUCUAA